AUGUCACCUAGAAACCUUUUGAGUCGGUUUCCGACCACCGUCGCUCUUUCGCUUGCGACAGCACUACUGCCCGCAGGGUCAGUCGCGGGGAGCACGAGCAACAGUGGCCGCGAAGGAUACAGAAUUGGGGACGAAGUCCCAGUAUCCUGCUUGAAUCGGACCCUGGAGGGAGAACAUAUCACAGAUAGCCUGGGCAAACUCCAAUAUGUCCCCUUCGUAACAUGCAACGAAACAUCUCGCCCUCUAGCCCUCCGCUAUGGCAUCUCUGAAACAAUUACCUGCACCAUCCCCUCCCUCUCCGACAACCUCUACCACCUCUUCGAAUUCUACGUGCAUUCCGAUGUCCCAAUGACCUGCCGCGUACCUACCUCCCCUCUCGUCUCAUCCCCAGACACACCCACAGAAAAGAAAGACUCAGAGUCGGCCGUCGGAGACUCCGCUUUGCUCAGCGAGAACGGUCCCCCCUUCACACCCCUCACGAUCGCUUUACAAGGUACCCUGCAGCUCAGCCACCUGCACAUUUGGUCUGAUAUGAAUAUGCUCAUGCACGACAUUGCCUCGGAUGCAGCUGCCCUGCAACAGGGCUCUUCCAAGGCAAGCGGACAACCAGGUCACGUCGUUGCGGGAACAGCGUACUCGACACCAGAGUUCGAAGCCGCAGUGAAGAAUAUCGAGCUGGACGACGACGAAGAGGUAGUUGCUGUCUCGCAAGCUGCGCGGGAGCCCUGGACACUGGGCCAUGGGACAAAAGUUAUUCGCGGCGAGCCGUUCACAUUCUCAUUCCAUGUUGCGUGGUUGGAGGGUGGCGCAGGAAUUGGGUGGCCUGACCGGUCCGAGGGAUCUUUCUUAGAUGACCCUAGCGCCGGGAAGGGCCAUUCGUCGGGCCAUUUCUUCUCCAGCAUGUUCUUUUUUAUCAUGGCCGCUUCUGUUGGUGCGUUAAUUGCGCUUUAUUGGGAGCGGAAUGGACAGAGCUUCCGAGGUCGAACCGGGUGGAAAGGGGAUGGGAUUCUGGGUGCACCGCCUUCGAGGGGUAAGGGAUCUUCUGUCACAUUUGGAAAUGGGGGUCGCAUCAAUGGUUAUGGAGGAUAUUCUGCUGCUGCUGCCAACGGAGCAAAUGGGAAUGGUGGUGGGUAUGGAGGGUUCCCUACUGGUAAGAGGGACUGA